ACAGCAACAAAGACACACAGACAUCAACAGUGACAGGAGGAAAUACAUGUGAACGAGGAAGAAGAAUGAAAAGGGCUUUUGUUUUAGAGUAAUAAACACGUGAAGUGACGAAUGAGAGCAGAUAUAAUCAUCACAGAGUGUGAAGCUGAAGACAGAAACAUCAGACUCAGAACAGAAACACACGACCUCUAAAAAAUGGAGCAAACUCUAUAUUUCAUUCUUCUUCUCGUUGCUCUCUGCUCCGUAUCUGAAUGUGUUCAGCGUCAGUAUCACUUUAUAAAUGAGAAGAAGACCUGGACUGAAGCUCAGAGAUACUGCAGAGAGAAAUACACAGAUCUGGCCACCGCUGACAACAUGAACGACAUGAACGAGCUGAUGAAGAGUGUGAUUGAUGUACGUUUCUGGAUUGGACUGGAGAGAAAAUGGCAUUGGUCUUCAGGUGAACCUGUUCUCUAUCUGAACUGGGCUCCUAAACAACCUGAUGGCAGAGAUGAGUGUGCAGGGAUGAAAAAUGGAGAAUGGCAUGAUUUGGGAUGUAGUGAUGACUACCAAUUCAUCUGCAACAACACGAACACAGGACUCAUCUUUAUUGAUCAGAAGAAAAACUGGAGAGACGCUCAGAGUUACUGCAGACAGAAUCACACUGAUCUGGUCAGUGUGAGAAACCAGGAUGAGAAUGAGAAGGUUAAGAAGUUCAUUAGUGAGAAGCACCCAUCUGGAUCAUUUGUCUGGAUCGGUCUGUUCAGAGACUCAUGGCAGUGGUCAGAUCAGAGUAACUACUCUUUCAGUUACUGGAAGUCUGGUGAACCUAAUAAUGAUGGAGGUAAUGAAGACUGUACAGCUGUUGAAAAGAGUGCUCAGGGACGAUGGAUUGACAUCUCUUGCAACAAUAAGUUUCCUUUUGUGUGUCAUGAAGAUAAACUGAUUGUGAUCAGAGAGAAUCUGACGUGGUCUGAAGCUCUGAGAUACUGCAGACAGAAUCAUGUGGAUCUGGUCUCGGUUCAUUCAGAAGAGAUUCAGCGUCGUGUGAUGAACGUGGUUAAACGAGCGUCUACUGCGGAGCUGUGGUUGGGUUUACGUUACUCUCAUAUUUUGGGCGUCUGGUACUGGGUGAAUGGAGAGACGGUGUGCUAUCAGAACUGGGCUCCAGGGAACGGCACAUCAGAGGAGGACUGUGAACACACAGUGAGAUCUGGAGCAGUUCAGUCUGGAGGAGAUCAGCGCUGGAUCAGCCGUCCUGAAACUGACAAACUCAACUUCAUCUGCAGCAGAUAUUAAGAGUGAAAGAGUACACAGACCUUCAUGUGAGGAAACAAGUGUUUGUGUGUUCACUUCCUUUAACUUCUUUUUCAGUCAUUACUUUGUUAAACAAUCAUUUUUCAUAUAAUAAUUUAGUCUGAGCAGACAGUCGCACCAGAGGUGAAUCUCUUGCUCAGACAGGGGAAGUCGUGGCCUAAUGGUUAGAGAGUCGGACUCCCAAUCGAAAGGUUGUGAGUUCGAGUCCCGGGUCGGCAGGAAUUGUGGGUGGGGGGAGUGCUCCACCUUCAAUACCAUGACUUAGGUGCCCUUGAGCAAGGCAUUGAACCCCCAACUGCUCCCCGGGCGACGCAGCAUAAAUGGCUGCCCACUGCUCCGGGUGUGUGCUCACAGUGUGUGUGUGUGUGUGUUCACUGCUCUGUGUGUGUGCACUUCGGAUGGGUUAAAUGCAGAGCACAAAUUCUGAGUAUGGGUCACCAUACUUGGCUGAAUGUCACGUCACUUUUAAAUAUGAUUUUUUUGUUUGUUUGUUUUGUUCAAAUAUAUUCUUCAGUCAACUGUAAAUUGACUAAAUUGUUCUGUCGAGGCUCUGUUUUCCAUCAGUUAGAUGAGUUUCUGUUGAUGUAUGAGUUUGAUUCUUCUGGGUUUAUUUGAUCCAUUUUAUGAGCCCCGAUGGCAAGAAUAGUUGUUAACAUGUUUUGCUUUUACAAACUAAUUCUAUCAUGUCUUUUUGUUAUUUACUUACUUCAAAACUAUGAGACGCUAAUCUGUUAACUGCAUUUUGUGAGGGGUCAAAGGGUAUAAUUUACUCAACAUUGGAUAUACAUUUACAAAGUUUCCUUCUAUUAUAUUAUAAGAUAAUUUAUGAAUUUUUAUAAGAUUUACAUUUAUGAUUUAAGGAUCUGAAUUUGCUGGUGUGAAUUUGAUUUAUCUUUUUUCUUUUAUUACAUUUCAUGUAUUGAUCAUAUCUUUGAUUAGAAAUGACUGGUUCAGUGUGAGUUAGCAAACACAUGCCUUAACUCAAUGAAAUAUUGUUUAUUCUUAAAGGUGUGAAGAUCAUGUAUACAGUAAUAUAUCUACUAUCCUUUUGUACUAAACAUAAAAAAACAUGUCAACAACAUCAGCUCAAAUAAACUACA